CAAUGUCCGGAUGGGCCGCGGCUUCAGAAGGGUAUCAGGGAUUUUCCAUCUGGUAGCGACCCCUAGAUCUACGCGGCCGAUCCUUGUUCAGGCCCAGACUACCUACAGGGCAGGUAACUGUGCUUACUGAGGGGACAGAUAGUCUGGGCUAGGAACGCCGCGGAUACGCGGAUAUUGAUGAAUGAAAGGAGGAGGCAACCGCAACGACCAGCGUGAAUCCUCAUCUCUGGUUAAACAACAUCGGCAACGGCUUCAUUUUCGUGCGCAGCAAGCAGUAGAGCGUCUGCGUUUGCUUGCCACGGCUGCUAUUCAAGACGCACAACGUCUUGAGAAUCCCGACCUUCGAGACAGGCAGCGGGAUCUCACAUCUCCAAGUUACUCCAACGACAAGGCCAUCACGAGCCACGAGAAAUCAUGGCGGAAGGGCUCAGUCUUUGGCCAUUGGGCCUUGCAGUCGUUGUCGUCGGUGCGCUCUGGGUCUAUGGAGUCAACAGGACCAUGAGAACGGUCCCACCCGAGGCCCUGAAACUGUCGCCCAAUUCCAACCGCUGGACUAAGGAGUAUAUGCGGGAGACAUAUGAACGGGUCAAGAAGAACCCCGUCGAUAUCAAGAAACACCUCCCACCCAAGUUGGACAGACGAUACGUCGUUGUGGGCGGUUCCGGUCUUGUGGGAGGUGACAUCGUCGCACACUUGCUCGCUCGUGGACAGUCCCCGGAGAGCAUCCGGAUCGUUGACUUUGCUCCUCUUCGUCGUCCCGAAAUUCUUGGUGUGGCCAGGAAGAUCGACAUCAUCAAGACAGACAUCACCUCGCCCGACUCUGUGAAGGCGGCCUUCUCCAAGCCGUGGCCUGCGUCUGUUGCCAGUCUUCCCCUGACCGUCUAUCACACUGCCGCCGCGAUCCGUCCCGGUGAACGGAGCAUCAAGACCUAUGACCGUGUCGCUCGCGUAAACGUCGGCGGUACCGCCAACGUCCUGGCUGCUGCCAAGGAGGCCGGCGCUGACAUCUUCAUUGCCACCUCGUCGGCCUCCGUUGCCGUCAAGCCUAUGAAGUUUUGGAAAUGGCCUCUUCCCAGCUUGGCGAGCAACUAUGUCCAAGUGUUCAACGAGGAUGACUUUGAUCAGCCGUUGAAGCCUCAUGAUGAGUUCUUUGGCAGCUACGGUCGCGCCAAGGCUGAAGCCGAACGUCUGGUCUGCGCUGCCAACCAAGAAGGCUUCCGUACCGGCGUUGUCCGUCCCGGCAACGGCAUCUUUGGAGACGUCGAGAACGACGUAACGUUUGGUCCAACUCUCAAAGCCGGUGGCAUUGUCUCUUGGACGCCGCACGUCAUCCAGAACUGGAUCUCCUCCCGCAACGUCUCCAUCGCCCACCUCCUCUUCGAAGCCGCUCUCAACCCCUCCGUCCGCCCCGUCCCCCCACCCUGCGCCGGCCGCCCUCUCCUCGUUACCGAUCCCGGCCCGCCCAUCGCCUUCCGCGACUUCUACACCAUUAUCAGCACGCUCUCCCUCACCCCUAUCACCGAGACCUACCCGCCUCCCGUGCUCAUGCUCAUCCUGGCCUACGCGAUCGAAGGCUGGGCGAACCUGAUCAUCAACUUCCCUGUGCUGACCAAGCUGUUCGGGUGGAAGGAGCCCACCGGCGAUCUGGCCAUGUUGCAGCCGGCUGUGUUCACUGUGUCGGCGUACACGAUUUGCGAUGACAGCAGGGCGAGGAAGAGUGUGGAGGAGGGUGGAAUUGGGUAUCGGGGUGUGACGGAUACGUUGCAUGGGUUUUGCGAGCAGAUGGUUGUGUGGAAUGAGAGGGUUGCGAGGGGAGAGGCGGGGCCGUUGAAGGGGAAGGGUGCUGCUGCGCCGGUUGUUGCUUAGGUGACUCUUUUUUGAUUGCCCUGAGAAUUGCAACAGAGGGAGAACGGGAUGGAUGAAUGGGAAGAAAGGGGAUGGUCUAGAAGUGGUAUUUAUGCAGAUGGAGAAAGGAAUGGUGCUUGUUGGAUAUUUUGAAGCUUGGUUACACCAUGUGUCCAUAUCUAGGAUAAUCGACCUAAUCCCAUUGGAUUCCCAGUGAUGAUAUAGGAAAUUUCCGAUGUCUCGCUGGCAAUAUCAUUCGUAGCUUGACUCUAGGUCUUCCUCGCUGUCUUGUGCCCCUUCCUCAGUUAUGUCAUUGUCGAAGAUGC